AUGGAGCCGGCGGUCACCAGCAUCCAGGUGCUGCUGCAGGCGGCCGAGUUCCUGGAGCGGCGGGAGCGCGGGGCGGUCGGUCCCCGGUACCCGCCGUGCCUGGCCGAGGCCGAGCACGGUUACGCCUCGCUCUGCCCCGCGCGGUCCCGCCGGGCCGUGGGAAGCGUCAGGUCGGUGCACAACGCGCUGGAGAAGCACAGGAGAGCCCAGCUCCGGUGCUGCCUGGAGCGGCUGAAGCAGCAGGUGCCGGUAGGCGCGGGGCCGGCCCGUUCCACCACGCUGAGCCUCCUGCACCGUGCACGGCUUCACAUCCAGAGACUGGAGGAGCAAGAGCUGAGGGCACGGAGGGCCAAGGACCGGCUGCGCAAUCGGCAGCGGAGCCUGCGGCGGCGGCUGGAACGGCUGCUCUCACCCACAGGAGGGGAACGGGCACGGGCAGACAGCCUAGACUCAUCCCAGCUCUCAGAACCCUCCGAGGGAGAGGAUGCUGAGAUAGAGGUGGACGGUGCAGUGUUCAGUGGGGACCUGCUGCCCAGCUUCUGCACCGGGAGGGACCACAGCUACUCCAGCCCUCGCAGCCCCGCGUCCUGA